AUGAACUCCGAGUCGAAGUUCACGGAAGGCCUCCCGCCUGCCAGCCGCUCCCACCACGACCUCCCCGGCGCGUUCGGCGACGACGAAGACCACCUCCAGCUCAACCAGAACCAGGACCAUAACGAGGACGGUGGCGCAGACGUGAAGCGCAAGCCGUUCAUCGCGGUGCCGCGCGACCCGAUCAUCAAGAAAGCCCCCGCGGACGGCGACGAGGAGGAAGAACCCGAGUACGAGCCCGAACAGCACAACCGCUCCCAUCGCCGUGCGUCCUCGGCCGGCGUCACAACCGACUCUGGCUACGUCUCAGGCGGCGCUGGGGGUCUUGCCAAGCGUUCGCACUCCCGCGCAUCGGCGUCGCAAGGCAGCAUCGCCCCCAUCCCUGUCCUCUGGACCGACUCCCCAAGCGCACGUGACAGAUCUCUGGCGGAUCACGAUGGCGAGCGGCCGUCGAGGGCAAGCCCGUUCCGGCGUGCGUCGUCGCUGCGCUCGUUCCACACGAGCACCGUUGGAGAACGUGAGCGCGACGAGCGCGGGAGCAUCAGGACGGCCCCGAGCAUCGGGGGCUCCCCGGGCGUGCGGAGGCGGCGGACGAGCCUCAUCCAGGGCAGCUUCGCGAGCGGGGCAGGGACCGUGGGCCCGUCGGCGACGCCGCACUUCGACGAGACGUUCCACUCGCGCAGCCAGAGCGCGGACGCGGGGCUGAGCGAGCGGCAGCGGGUGAAGCUGAGCAAGUCGCAGCUCAAGGAGGGCAAGAAGGUGGCGAAGAUCAUCAAGGCGGAGGGCAAGGCGGAGCAGAAGGCGAUCGAUGAGGCGCUUAGGGAGUUGGCGGACUUGCAGAAGAUGCAGAAGGCUGCUGUGAAGGAGGAGAGUAAAGCGUAUGCGGCGUACUCGAAGGUUCUCAAGGAGUUUCGCAAGACCGAGCUCGAGUUCUUCGCUGCUCGUGCGAAAUACGAGCGCGCACAAGCAGACUUGCAGGCUCAGGAGGACGCUCGCGAAGCGUCACGAGCUCAUGCGAGGGAGACGACCGAAAUGUUGCAGGAAAAGAAUAGGGAGGUGGAAUGGCUCAGAGCCCAGAAGGCCGUCGACGACCGUGAGCGCCAGGCCAAAGUCAGGCAACUCACUGGGAAGUAAACAGCCCAGUGCCCAUAGGCGUCGAUUUUGGCGCGAACUACAUCCUCAACUUUCAUUCACGCUUCGUUUUCUUUGGUUUCUGCGAUUGUACUAUGCAUAGUAAUCUGGAUCUCAACGGAUGGAUCUUUCCUACAACCCUUCGAGAAUGUCUCUGUAAAUGUAUAGCAGUCUACGCGCUCCCGCAAUUCUAGUUCAACGCCACACAUUUUGUUGCAAGC